AUGCUCCAAUCUCUAAUGGCUCACGACGACGCUGCCGGUAUUGCAACACACAAGUGCGGCACCUCCAGCGCACUCCGCACAGGUAUUUUCGCCGCUUUUUUAGCUAUAGCCUGGUACAACGCUCUUGAACUUAUCAUUAUCUGUUUCGUCUCCUUCAAGCGUUGGAAUGGAACCUACUUCUGGAGUCUGCUCAUUGCCUCCGCCUGUAUCAUCCUCAAUUGUCUGGGUUUUAUGCUCCUUUUCUUCCCAACCGGUGUGACACCAUGGCUAUGCGUUACGCUAGUUCUACUCGGCUGGUUUGGCAUGGUCACUGGCCAGUCAGUAGUCCUAUGGUCGCGGCUGCAUCUUGUGCUGUAUAACACCAAGCUACUCAGGGGUCUGCUAUUAGUUAUCUGCAUCGAUGCCGUGUUAUUGCAUAUCCCGGCGAGCGUCCUAUUAUACGGAACUGUUGCCUACCCGACAAGCGUCUGGGCACAUGGGUACAACGUCAUGGAACGGAUCGAACUAGUUUGCUUCUGCCUGCAAGAACUGAUCAUCUCGAGCAUCUACGCCUGGGAAACCGUCAAGCUGCUCCGACUGCGGCCAGAGGGUCGUCCGAAGGGAAUUUUGAACCAGUUGCUUUUUAUUAACAUCAUAAUUGUGCUCCUGGAUAUCACCGUUAUUUUUACCCAAUUUGUGGGUUACUAUACCGUGCAAGUGAUGUUCAAGUCCCUUACGUACAGCAUAAAACUGAAGCUUGAGUACGUCAUCCUCGGCAAGUUGGUUACUGUUUCGCGUGGUUGUGAUAGUCACGAACUGCCGCUGAAUGCACGUGAGAUAAAUGUUAGCUCGUUUCCAUCGGAUAGAGAUUCGCUGUGGAAUCUUGAGUCAUGGUAG